AUGAAGAGCGUUAUAGUUAAUUUCAUAGUUAUCCAGUCAUGGUUUUUGGUUGUGUUUUGUUUUACCACGGAUAGGCAGAUAGAGUAUAAUGAGGUUUUGGAGCGGGACUACCGUAUAAAAGCGGGGAAUGGUCCCAAAGCAUCAGAUAGAAGGAAGUUUAAUGGGGUGUGGCCUAAAGAUCCUAAAGUUCUAAAACCUACUGAACGGACAAUCAAAGAUGGGGAGAUUCCCCAAUAUAUAGUUGAUAGUUGUCCUUUGGUGCAUCUAUACAGUGAAGAGGUGUAUCUGCCGGGGGAUGUUGCGGAUUAUGUACAAUACUUUGAAUUACGUGAUGAACUUGGGAAUAUAGUUAAGAGGGGGCCGUUGGAUAUCAAAGCUGAUUUUUCCGAUAUAACUGGUGAAAAGUCGAAAAACCUGUAUCUCACCUCAUUAGAUGACGUUACAACGAAUCCGAAAUGGCUUUUCGGGGAUAAGCCGGACUACGGUACCGGGUACAUUGCCAAAGCUGCAGCGAACUUGAUUGUUGUCGAUAAAGGGAAUGGAUGGGUGGAUGCAUUCUGGUUCUAUUUCUACCCGUUUAACCUGGGGCCGUUUGUAACGGGUUUUGGACCGUGGGGUAAUCAUAUUGGGGACUGGGAACACUCGGUUGUAAGGUAUUGGGAUGGUGAGCCGCAAUAUUUAUGGAUGAGUGCCCACAGUGACGGAGGAGGAUACCUAUAUAGUGCUGUAGAAAAGAAGGAUCACUGGAAGGUUGUUGAUGGGAAAAUUGAAAAAAGCGUCGUGCGAAGACCUUUGAUCUUUAGUGCUCGUGGGACGCAUGCCAAUUAUCCUUCCAUAGGACAAUAUGCUCAUGACAUCCCCUUCUUUUUCAGUCCCUUGAGUGACUUCACUGAUAGAGGUACUUUGUGGGAUCCAGCUAUGAACUUUUACGCUUACACCUAUAAUGGGAGCACUGCCACUCCCCACGGCGAUACCGAAAAGAGAAUCGGAACUGAUUGGCUAUAUUUCCAAGGCCACUGGGGUGAUAAAAAAUACCCUUGGAACGACAAAAGACAGAGAUGGUUCUUUAUGCAAUGGAAGUUCAUUGAAGGCCCAGUUGGCCCGCUGUGCAAAAACUUGGAAAGAGAAACCGUUUGCCAAAAAAUUAAACUGACCAACUUCUGGCGUGGCUGUCUCAUACGACAUAUGAUAAAAAGAGGACAAGGGUUGGAUGCUGAACGAAAUGAUCUACUUGGUGAUAAUUGUGGUAUAGCCCUAUAUGCUGUUCGCCCCAAAUGGUUGAGAUCAUUACUCAGACUGAUAACUUGGAGGGGUGCCUUCUGCUUCCUUAUGGAUUAUUUCACCGGAUGA